AUGACUUUCUCAUUUAGCUUUGCCGGAGACGACAUAGAUACCUCCCAUGAUGUUGAGACUCAACAGCUCCCUGUCGCUCGCACACUCACACCUACGCAAACCAGCGCAUUCCCCAUCGCUGGCAAGGCUCAGCUGCCUGCCACGCGCCAUGAUUUAGUCCAGAUGCUCGCCGCGAUGCCCUCGAAAAUUGCGUACAGCUUGCUGAGUGUGACCCUCGACGACGGCAGUGUCAUGCAGCUGCCCCGCCGCGAGCUCUGGGACGUGCGCGUGCAACUCAUGGCAGAAGAGGAAGAAAACGCAGAGCACAGCGUCGGUGCAGAUGGUUCCGGCCUAGGCACCCAUGAUGUCAAAACGGGCGUGUAUGAGGGCGGUUUCAAGAGCUGGGAAAGCAGUGUAGACUUGGUCAAGGUGCUGGCUGCGCAGGGUAAAGUCUCUGCUGCUGAGCAGUUGCCCAUGAGAAUAAUAGAGCUUGGUUGCGGAACCGCCUUGCCCUCCGUCGCUCUCCUGCAAUGGACAAUAGAAGCCAUCACAUCGACCACUGUGAUAACGCGCCAACCAACAUCCUUUAUUGUGGCAGACUACAAUCCUACCGUCCUGCAGCUCGUCACACUGCCCAAUUUCAUUCUUGCAUGGGCUCUUCACACCCGCGAGCAGACUCCCGCGCUGUGCAAUGCCUUCUCCCUCGAAGGCGAGCUUGAGUUGCUCCCUGAGGUCGUUGCGGCGUUCCAGUCCUAUCUCAUCGCCAAGCGCAUUUCCCUCACCUUCCUAUCUGGUGCCUGGUCUCCCGAGUUCAUUGAGCUUGUAUAUAGUGGCAUCCCCGAUGACGCGACAGACUCCAGCGCUGCCACCGUCACGCUGCUACUCGGAGCAGAGACUAUUUACUCACCGUUUGCACUCCAGGCAUUCACAGAAGCCACAUUUUCGAUACUUCAGCGAGAAGGAGCAAAACAGAGCACUUCGCCGGCAGUAGCUUUGGUGGCGGCCAAGAAACUGUACUUUGGUGUUGGGGGCUCAUUAGACGACUUUGUUGACCAGGCGCGUGGCCGUGGAGGCAAUGUCACAGCUAUACGUGAAGAGGCAGAUGGUGUGCGACGUGGCGUGGUCAAAUGCAUAUUAUGA